AUGGCCCAGAAAAGGACGGCAUUGCAAGUUCCGCUGGAGGAUACAAGGCUUGCGAAACGCCUUUCGCCGUCAGCAGGUUUGGAUGUCGACUCAGCCUACUGCAGCCCCUCCCUGUCGCCUUGGACACCUAGUCAUGCUACGCUGGGGUCGCCUUCAGACCUCAACACCGACACCCCCAGCACCCCGUUGCCGACGACACUCGGUCUAGAGGAUGAAGUCUGCUAUGGAAUGCUCUGCGGCGUCAAGACGCAGUUCCUAGAUGACCCGCACAUCGCAUCAGUAGACGCAAGCAGCGAUGGAGCUUCGAACAGCCACUACCUGCUCCAGGUAGUGAUGAAACGCGUAUACAUGUUGCAGGCUCAGGACGGCACUGACAUUGCCCUCAUCAACACCGGGGCCGCAAAAGCCCUGCAGCGGUUGGAUAGUGGGAGCCUGGCCCGGUACUCAGCGUACGUCAGCGUCUCUGAGUGGAACGAAAAGAUUCGACUAUUUAGGUUGAAUGGGAAGUCGGUCCUCCUGGAAAUUGACAUCUACCUAUUCGGAAACCCUACCGAGGCUCCGUCCGUCGGGAAGAUGCUGUCCGACAUCGGCCUCUUUCUCCAGCGUCCCGACUUUCUUCAUGGCUCCAUGCGGUAUGAAAAUCCACAAGAGAUCGGGUUUGCAUCCAUUCGCGACUCAAGUCCGGGCUUGAGUGUCCCGGCCCUCACUCUUAGCUCCGUGGGCGACCUAUCGGCAGAUACCGUUACAGCAAUGCUGAGCAACCUUGAUCAUGCCGAUGAGUUGACAAAUGCUAAUGUGGACACUUCCAUGAUUGUUACUGAACUGAAACCAUACCAAAAGGAGGCCGUGGACUUCAUAUACCAGCGAGAAUCAUCCAACGUCCCGAAAGCAUUUUCACUGUUUAGACACCGAGUCGAUGCUAGAACCCGAAGAUACUGGGAGAAUAUUGUUCUCGGGUGCAAAUUGGUGGAUGUUCCCAACGAGAGCUUUGGAGGCAUUGUUGCCGAUGAGAUGGGUCUCGGCAAGACUCUCAUGACAAUCGCAGCAAUUUGCAUGAGUCUAGGACGCGCCCGGGUCUUCGCGAAAGCGGACGCCCGCCACGGAGCAAGAAGCAGAACGAAAGCCACCCUGGUCAUCUGCCCCGCUGUUUUGCUUAUGGACAGCUGGGCGGCAGAGGUUUUGAAACAUACUACUCCGGGGUCACUGAAGUGCACGAGAUAUCAUGGGACAUCCAAGGUAUCCACUGCCAUGCUGAUCGAGUCAGAUAUCGUCUUGACAACAUACGCCACGCUUAUGGCGGACUCCAAUCGUAGUGGCAUACUACACAGUAUCCAGUGGUUUCGCAUCGUUCUCGAUGAAGCUCAUUAUAUCCGCAAUCAAAACACCAAACAAUUCCGGGCAGUGCACGCUCUUUCCGCCAACCACCGCUGGUGCCUCACCGGCACACCCAUCCAAAAUUCCAUCGACGACUUUGGGGCUCUGAUUCGCUUCCUCCGCGUGCCCGACAUGGAGCAACCCUCUAGUUUCCGCACAUACAUCACUGGUCCCAUCGAGGACCGUGCCCAAGCAGGCGUCCAGCGCCUACGAGCUCUUCUCCAAUGCAUCUGCCUACGCCGCACCAAGCACUUGCUCGCCGACUUACCGGAUCUGGAGGAACACAUUGAGUCGGUGACGCUGACCGAGGACGAGCGGACGGCGUAUGACCGCAUCGGCGAGGAAUACAAACGCGCAUUCCACGACGCCUUGAGCGGCAGCAACCCCAGCGCAGCCCAUAGGGUAUUCUUUACGGCCAUCAUGCGGCAGCGCAUCUUCUGCAACUCGGGGCUUUUCGCCAGCGCUGAAUGCAGUGAGAUGGGCCCCACUGAAGACGAGGAACUGUCACUGCUUGAGCAAGGGGACAGGGCGACAUGUGCAAACUGCUGCUGCGUUGUGAGGUCCAUCGGCGACGAGAAGUCUCUUCACUCGGGGAUAUUCCUGGAAUGCUCGCACCUCCUGUGCCACGAAUGCGUUUCGCAGGGAGAAACGCACACAGCAUCGCUCGAUAAUCUGGUCAGGUGCUUGGCCUGUGACGCGUUCCGCCGACCGCAUCAGACAGAUUCGCAGGAAGAAAACUUCUCCGCAGCUACCACGAACCUCCCACAGGGCCACAGCUCAAAGCUAGCAGCCCUAGUCCACAACAUCCUACACCACCCCACCGAAAAAUGCAUCGUCUUCUCCUCCUGGAAACACACCAUCGCCCUCGCCUCCGCCUACUUCUCCGCGCACAACAUCCCCAACGCCGUCAUCUCCGGGUCCGUCUCGACAGCCGAGCGACGGCGGCGCCUGGAGGCGUUCCAGCUGGACGCGGGCGUCCCCGUGCUGCUGAUGACGCUGGGCACGGGGGCGGUCGGGCUGAACCUCACGGCCGCGAGCCGCAUCCACAUCCUCGAGCCGCAGUGGAACCCGAGCGUCGAGAAGCAGGCGGUGGGGCGGGCGGUGCGGUUGGGGCAGCGGAGGGGCGUGGUGGUCGUGCGGUAUGUGGUUAGGGAUACGGUUGAGGAGUAUGUUCAGACGAAGCAGAAGAAGAAGACGUAUUUGGCGCGGCUGGGUUGGGGGAGUGGGGUGGAGGGGUUGGAAGAGGGGGGGAGGUGA